AAGCUUGAGUUGGCCAGAUAAUUAAUAACAAGCGCUGGAGAGCGAUAUACAAUCUCAGAGUUGUUUUGGCCGCGUUGCCAUUUAGACGUCGCCGCUGUUGUCACUCACCUGCCGUUUCGAAUCGCACCUGCGUUAUAUUGCCGCGUCCUGCCCGCAAAAAAGAUAUCAUAAUAAAACCCCCCCCUUCGAUACACCACCUCCUUUGCCUUUUUUGGCCAAUUGCAAAAGUUGUACUUACAGUGAAACGUGAAAUCUCUUAUUUUAACUUUGCCAAAAAAAAUAAAAAAACAAAAACUGAAAAGAAAAUCACGAGUAAACGAGGCAAACAUUUAUUUUUUGUUUUGCGACUGAACCGGUGAACAGCUCCACGGCAGACCAAAGAUCACAGAUCACAUCACAUUCUAUCCAAAAUGGGCAAGGCAGAGUGCAUCAGUUACGAUGAUCAGAAAUUACCCUACAUUGACUUGGGUUCUGCUCGGAUUCGCAUGGAAAAGGAACAGGCUCCGGAAUGGGCAUUGAAAAAGGCACAGGAUGAGCUAAGGGAGUUGCCAGAGAUCAAGGAUAAGGCCAUCAAGGAGCUCAGGGAACUUCUUCAAAAUGAAAAGUACCUGAACCUGCCGCUGGAUGAUGAAUACAUGAUGAUGUUCCUGCGUCCUUGCCAUUACUAUCCAGAAAGUGCCUUGAAAAGGCUCAAGAACUUUUACCACAUGAAACUAAAAUACGGAGUGGCUUGCGAAAAUAUCAUUCCUAACCAAUUAAGGAAUGUUUUUGAGGCAAACAUAUUGAACUUGUUGCCCCAAAGAGAUCAGCAUGGUCGUCGUUUGUUAGUGCUCGAGGCUGGAAAAAAAUGGAAGCCAUCUCAGGUGCCUUUGCCGGAUUUGUUCCGUGGAAUUCAGUUGACAGUCUUGGGUUCCAUGGUGGAACCAUAUUCUCAAAUUUGCGGUGCCGUUGUUAUCAUCGAUAUGGAGGGCUUGCCACUGAGCCACAUUACACAAUUUACACCUUCGUUUGCUGCCAUGUUACUGGACUAUGUACAGGAAUGCAUUUGCAUGCGAUUGAAAGCAGUUCACAUUGUGAAUAACUCAUAUAUAUUCAAUAUGCUCUUUGCCAUAUUCAAACCAUUCAUUCGUGAAAAGUUGCGCAAGAGGAUCUUCUUCCAUGGCAAGGACUACAAAGCUCUGAUCUCCCACAUUGAGGCCAGUGCCUUGCCACCAAAAUACGGCGGAACUGCUACCUGGGAACUGCCUCCUGGCAAGCUUCUUGGAGAAUUCUUUGAGUGCUAUUCCAAGGACUACGAACUUGCCGAUAGCUAUGGAUACACUGAGGGCUAUAAGAUGAAGAAGUAGAAGUGUCCUCCUUUCUUGGAUUCGUAUUUUAGAACGUUAAGUUGGGUCAUUUGUGAUAUUGCAAAUAUUGUCGUACAUUAAGUCUUAGUCGUUUUGCCUUUAAAUUUAAGAUUCCACACAAAGAUCAACAGAUUUCGAUUAGGUUUUCUAGGCAGUAAAAAUGAUAUAAUUUUGUGUAAUUGUUAUUGAGAUAAUAAAUAUGUAAACGUUUGUUACAAACACACUUUUCAAAGUCAA